CUUUGACUCUAUGGAAAACGCAUAAAAUCAAUACAAUAUGUCGGACAAUGAAGAUUUAUUAGGUGAAGAUCUUGGUGAUCACAGUCUUGCAGACUACAACUUAGGUAAUGAAGAGGAGGAAGAGCUUUUGGCCGACGAUUACGACCAUAGUACGUCACAAAAUGUUCCGACAUCGGCCGCCACGGCGUAUGGAGAAAGGCUCGAUAUACAAUCUGCUUAUGCUUCCAAUCAUAGUAUAGAAUAUACACAACAGCCGGCUUCAUAUCCAGUGAUUAGCGAAAGUGAAUGUGUUGUGCCCAACAUAACAGAAGUACCGGACCCCAGACUUCCAGAACAUUCCACAUAUGCUCCAUACCCUGAACCUCGGGCAUAUGAAUUAGAACAUGCUGUACCACCUCCCAUUCCAGCGGCACCAAUUGAAUCCCCUCAGAUUGUGCCAUCUGAAGUACCAACAAGUAUUGGUGGUGACCUUUCUCGAGAACGGUUUACAACAGAGCGACCUCCGGGAGUACAGAGAACUCCCCAAGUCAGGGAUAUACCUGACACCUUAGACAAAGUGGUAGUACCGCGGGGAGGUUUCGGCGCGCGAGGGCGCAACUCGUGGCGCAACCCCCACUACCGCGCUCCUCACCCCUACCGCAGGAACAACACGCAUAGGAAUAAUUACGUAGCAAGACCUACUUUACCUCCACCAGUGGCAGUGUGGGCAAACCAACCCAAACCAAUCACACCUAAUGUACCAGAAAUACGUCCCGAAAUACCGAAAAUUGUACCAGAAGUUGCCCCAGAAACAUUAUUACCUCCGGAACCGUUACGACCAGUUGAAAACCGUUUCCCAAUAUUCAACCAAUUCAGACCGAACGAACCGAGACCGUUCCCCAGACCGGCGUUUGAACCCAGACCGGGCUUCCAGUAUCCGAGUUACCCCAGGUUCCCAGUCCGGGAGAUAGCUCCCGGUGUGUCCCACAUCCCACAAGUGACGAUACACCAGCAUCCAUUACCUGGAGCUAUGAAGCUGGGUCGGGAACCUGAAGUGAGGAUGCUUCCGAUGCAACUGACACAUAAUAUACCUCCCGGAGGACUUGCCGGCAAGAAAGUGUUGAUAAAUCCACAUUUCAAAGGAAACUUCCAGCCUCCUGUUGAAGGGCUCCCCGCGUACAUACCGACACGGAUACAUAAGAGCCCGCCGCUGAGCCCCACACGGGAACAUAAAUUCGGUCCUAUCAAAGACAUAGACGACGCCGCGGAGAGGUUCAUAGCGGAGCAGCGCAAUGCCCUCGCGCGCGCCGCCGCCAGGAAGAUACCGAGGAGAUCUCCGCAGAGGUACAUAGAGAACACUACGAUAGAGAUAGAGAACGAGUUGGCCCGUCGCGCGCGCGGCAGAGAGGAUGAGGAGCUGCUGCGCCGCCAGGAGGAGUUCAUCAACGCCAACAGGGCGGGGCUGCGCAGGCGUAUGCGGUCCCCCAAAAUUAAAUACUUAAUAGAGAGCGAGUACCGGCGCCGCGUGCGCGAGCAGGAGAGCCUGCGCGAGCGCGUGCUGCGCGCCAAGGAGCUGCGCCGCCGCAAGACCGCCGCCGCGCUGCACUCACUCGCCCACCACAAGGAACGUGAGAAAACAGAUAAAGAUGUACCGGAAGUGGUAAAUAAAGAAGUUCCAAAAGCCGAGGUGAAGGCGGAGGUGAAGGGGGAGGUAAAGGUGGAGACGAAGGCGGAGGUGGACAAGCCGAGCAGCACGCAGCCCGACACCACGAGGUUGUCGCCGCUCAAGGAGGAGGUGACCGCGAGGGACUCCCCCCGCACACAGGAGGAAACUGAAAUUAAUUCUACAUGUGAGAACCUGACUCCCCCUAGAGAGGAGAUGCCAGUGCAGGAGACGACUAAAUAA